GACUUCCCCCCAUCGGGCGGGCCGUCGUGGUAACCCAUUAUCUAGCCUGCGUUACACCUCACCUCUCCUGUCUCCCUCCCGUAGGUGUUUUCCCAGCUGGGUGGCCCAAGCGGAGGCAUGGCCACUGCUUGGACCGGAGGGAUUGGCAUGCUGGCCGGGCUGCGCUGGGACCGCACCUGCUGCCUGUGCGGAAGAACGUUCAUGCGGCCGGCGGAACUGACCCGCCACAUGCGCUCGCACACGGGGGAGAAGCCCUACGCGUGCCACCUGUGUCCGUGGCGGGGCUCGCAAACGUGGCACCUCAAAAACCACCUGGCACGGGUGCACCUGGUGACCAACGCGGGCGGCGGGGCGCAGAAUCAGUAAUAAAAUAGAGAAUCUAUAUAAAAAAGAGAGAGAUAUAUAUAUACAUAAAGGAAUUAAAAAAGACGCCACAGUAGUUGUGGUUUAGACUAUUGCUGUGAUUGAGAGAUGAGUGAACAGUGUCACACACGUAGAAGUAAUGGCGGUACACUGGGUACUGCGCCGCCAUAUUACAUACCUCAUUAUCAGAUGAAGCAGCUGUGUAAUAAGCUAAUACUGCUCCUCAUUAUUAUUAUUAUUACAUGUAAAUAAAAUUUGUAUGAUA